ACCAGGAGAGAGGGGCCCUUUAAGGCGAUGCACCCCCACGUGGUGGAUGGAAGGAAGGAAGGCAGGAAGGAUCCGCAGCCAUUGCAAGAGGAAGGUGGCAGUUGGCUGCGCAUUAAAUUAUGGCCGGGCAAAUCUCGGAGUCUGAUCAGAUCAAGCAGUUCAAGGAAUUUCUUGGAACAUACAACAAACUGACAGAAAACUGCUUCCUAGAUUGUGUGAAAGAUUUCACUAGCCGAGAAGUCAAAUCAGAAGAGAUGACAUGUGCAGAACACUGCUUACAGAAGUAUUUAAAAAUGACCCAGAGGAUAUCUAUGAGGUUUCAAGAGUACCACAUUCAGCAGAAUGAAGCGCUUGCGGCCAAAGCAGGACUUCUUAGUCAGCCUCGCUAGAAGGCCAAGGCUUGUCUACAUGAAGAUGUUGCCAGCAGUGAUUGCAUUGCACCAAGGGAUGUGCCGGUCUCCACUGCGCUCGUGACCGCAUCCAUCAACCCAGAACAGAGCCGCUCAGAGGCCCACAGACCGCAGAAGGCAUCAGCUGCGGAACUGACGGGGUGUGUUCAGAGGUCACUUAUUUCCAGUGCAGUGGGGUAACGUUGAUGCUGCUGCCUUUUCUGGAGGCCUACAGACUGGCUCAGCCAGUCCCUAGGUUAGAGAUGGGAGAAAGCGAACACUUUAUUUUCUGUUGUUGUUUCUCAUGCAGCGACUGUUUGUUUUUAAUACACAAAUGGGUUAUUGAAAAAUCAUAUCCCAGAGUGUCUGAAACAAGCUUUAUUUUUUAUUAAUCAAAGAAAAUAAAUGAAAAUUACUGUC